CUCCGAUUCUCUCCUCUCUACAACUACUUCUAAAACUCCGAUUUCUUCUGAACUCCCAGUACCUCCUCUUCGUUCAGGGAUGCUGGAAACCGAUGGCGAGGACGAGGCUGAGAACUUCCACCGACGGCGAGGAUGUUCUAGAGAACUUCCACCGACCGACAGCGAGGACGAGGCUGAGAACUUCCACCGAGGACGAGGAUGUACCUCCGAGAAUGGAAACCCUAGUCUAGAGAUCUUCCACCGUCGGCUGAGAACUGCGGCGAUGCUGGAGAACGAGGGCGAGGACGAGUCACGAUUGGCAAUGCUGGAUACCGACGGCGAGGACGAGGCGCGAUUGGUGAUGCUGGAGACCGACGGCGAAACUAACGAUGACUGGCGAUUCUGGAGACUGGCGGCGAAGAUGUGGCGCAGUUGGCGACGAAUCCUCCUGCUGCAAACUUGCGAUGCUGGAGAAGGCGGCUGGAGAUGAGGGAUGAAGGCGGUCGACUACUGCAAACUUGCGAUGCUCGACUGCUAUUAGGGUUUUCCCCCUUCUGCGCCAGCAUCCAAAACGCACAGCAGCAUCAGAACCAAUUUUUUUUUUCUGGGCGUCGCCCAUAGCUUGUAAUCGCGGAUCCAAGCUUGGAAUCGCCGCCUAGGCGUUCUUCAACGCGAUUCCGCGUUUAUGGCGCCCAGCAACUUCGCCUAGCAUUCCUCUCCAAGAAUCCUCCUCGCCUAGCUACUAAACACGCCUUGGCGAGUGUUCUUGAACACUGGAUUCUUCCAUAAAAAAACAAAAGAAGAGUUUAUAGCUCUGGGCGAUUGUUCCAUUAAUGUUUGGACCGAUUACUAUGACAACACUCCUUGUGUUGUUAUUGUAACAACACUAGUCUCCAUCCAAUAGGAAGCUAGGAUUGUGAUGACUUUUUAUUAGAUGAGUUGACCUAGUGUAAAAUCAAAGCAGGGGUAUAAUUGUCAUUAUGAAAAAUUUGUUUAAAUAAAAAAAUAAAAUAAAU